AUGACUGGAACAUCAUUAGCUCGUACGGACAACAAAUCGGGGAAGAACAAAAACUUGCCUGUGACUAAUGUAAAGGUUGAAUUCGGUACUUCUUCGCAGGCAAGAGACACUAUGUUCGGUCAGGAGGAAACGAUGAGAAUACAGCAUGGAAUCCUGAAGGAGAAUCAUGAGAUUCUGGAGAAAAAUUACCAAAGCCUUCAAGAAAGAAUGAAGCAUGUAGAGGAAGCUUAUGAGAUGAUGAAGAGGCAUCUUGAGAGCAGAACUGAAGAACUCGAGGUGACAAAUAAACGCUUGCUUGAGGAUUGUAAGAGAGAGAGAAGCGAGAAGGAGAAACUGUUUGAAGAGAUGAAGGCAAUGGAGAGUCAGAGAAAGGCUACUGUUGAUGAAUUGAUGAUGAAAAAUCAGGAGCUGGAGAAAAUGGAGAAGAACAAGUAUGCUGAGUUAGAGAAGAAAUUUGCUUGA